CAGGCUGCUUGAUAAUCUCGCGUUGUUACCAUCCAGACAUCUUGCAUGCCAUUUGGUCUGGUUUUAAAGAAUUUGUGAUUUUUUUUUUUUCAAGACACAAAAUCGAUCCAUCUAUGUUUCUGAUCAUCCAGUCGAGGGCAGAAUCGUUUUAAAAGGCGGCUCGAGUCCAGGGAGCCUCGCGUGCCGAGCCUGCGGUGUGUCGACGCUCUCUCCCUGCCCUGGGCUCUCUUGACGUAUUGUGCGUCAUCUCCACCACUGCCGUUUUGUUAUUUUGCUCCGCUGAGGAAAGAUGGCAACUCCCGCCGCGGUCAAUCCGUCCGAGAUGGGCAGUGAGUUGCCGGGUACAGUAGUAAUGCCAGGUGCAGUUGGGUCUGGCACAGUAAGAAUGGGAGGAACUGUGCCAGGCCGUGGUGGCAAGAGAAGAUCAGGCGGAAUGGACUUCGAUGACGAAGAUGGAGAGGGACCAAGCAAAUUUUCAAGGUAUGAUGAUGAUCAGAUAUCUGGUGGGGAUAAGGAGAGAUAUGCCAGAGAGAACCACAGUGAAAUUGAACGACGUAGACGCAACAAAAUGACACAGUAUAUCACCGAACUGUCAGACAUGGUCCCUACCUGCAGUGCUCUGGCACGUAAACCGGACAAAUUGACCAUUCUGCGCAUGGCAGUCUCUCAUAUGAAGUCAAUGCGGGGCACUGGCAACACAUCUACUGACGGAGCCUACAAGCCCUCAUUUCUCACUGAACAGGAACUGAAGCAUCUCAUCUUGGAGGCUGCAGAUGGGUUUCUAUUUGUUGUGGCAGCAGAGACGGGACGUGUGAUCUAUGUCUCUGAUUCUGUGACACCAGUGUUGAACCAACCGCAGUCUGAGUGGUUUGGCAGUACUCUGUAUGAACAUGUCCACCCUGACGACGUUGACAAGCUUAGGGAACAGCUCAGUACCUCAGAAAACUCCAUGACAGGUCGUAUUCUUGACCUGAAGACUGGGACAGUAAAAAAGGAGGGCCAACAGUCCUCGAUGAGAAUGUGCAUGGGCUCCAGGCGCUCCUUCAUCUGCCGUAUGAGGUGCGGCAGCGCUCCGUUGGAUCACAUCUCACUAAAUCGUCUGUCUAAUAUGAGGAAAAGAUACAGGAAUGGCCUCGGACCAUCAAAAGAAGGGGAGGCGCAGUACUCUGUGGUUCAUUGCACUGGCUAUAUCAAAGCUUGGCCCCCUGCAGGUAUGACUGUACCAGAUGAGGACACAGAGGCAGGACAGACUGGGAAAUACUGUCUUGUUGCCAUUGGAAGACUGCAGGUAACCAGCUCUCCAGUCUCUAUGGAUAUGAAUGGUCUGUCAGUACCUACAGAGUUCUUGUCCCGCCACAAUUCUGAUGGAGUUAUCACUUUUGUCGACCCGCGCUGCAUCAACGUUAUUGGUUAUCAGCCUCAGGACCUGUUGGGGAAAGAUAUUCUGGAGUUUUGCCAUCCUGAGGAUCAGAGUCACCUGAGAGAAAGUUUUCAACAGGUGGUGAAGUUAAAGGGUCAGGUACUGUCGGUGAUGUACCGUUUCCGCAUGAAAAACAGGGAGUGGAUGUUGAUCCGAACCAGCAGCUUCACCUUCCAGAACCCAUACUCUGAUGAGAUUGAGUAUAUUAUUUGCACCAACACCAAUGUUAAGCAACUUCAGCAGCAACAAGCUGAGCUUGAAGUUCACCAGAGAGACGGUCUGACUGCAUAUGAUCUUUCCCAGGUUCCUGUGGCUAAUGUGAGCAGUGGAGUGCAUGAGGCAGGGAAGAGCAUCGACAAACCAGAGGCCCUUUUCUCUCCGGAAAGAGAUCCACGCUUUGCCGAGAUGUACACCAGCAUCUCCGGCUCGGGCGAUAAGAAGAUGAUGGUUCCCUCCUCUACAGCAGGAGGACAGCAGCUUUAUUCCCAGAGUUCUCCAUUCCAGCAGGGACACUCUGGAAAAAGCUUCAGUUCCUCGGUGAUCCAUGUCCCGGGUGUGAAUGACAUCCAGCCAUCAAGUUCAUCCAAUCAGAACCUAGCUCAGAUAUCAAGACAACUUAACCCAGGCCAAGUCGCUUGGUCGGGAAACCGACCCCCGUUCUCUGGCCAGUCCAGUAAAGCACAGUCCAGUCCUUUUGGUAUUGGCAGUGGACACAGCUACCAGACCGAUCCGGCCUCCUACAGUCCCCUUUCAUCUCCAGCCACAUCAUCACCCAGCGGCAAUGCCUACUCAGGGCUGACAAACCGCAGCACAGCUUUUGACGUGUCAGGAGAGAGCAGCCAGAGUGGAGGGCAGUUCCAAGGUCGACCAAGUGAAGUCUGGUCCCAGUGGCAGAACCAGCAUCACUCCCAGCAGGCUGGGGAGCAACAUACGCACACCAACCCUAGCCAGACUGAAGUCUUUCAGGACAUGUUACCCAUGGCUGGAGAUCCCACUCAAGGAACAGCCAACUACAACAUUGAGGACUUUGCCGACCUCGGCAUGUUUCCGACGUUCUCCGAGUAAUCUCUUGUCAGUCUUCCGUCACAAUGGAGAAACUGGAUAUAUUUCUUUCUUUUUUUAAUCUCUCAUUUUGUGUCUCAUUUGGAAAAAUGGCUGGACCGCCAGCUCGCGACUGAUGUGCGGUUCAUUGAAUGUCAGUGUGCACACGUCAAGCACAUUUACAAACAUACAGUCAUUCAUGUCUGCAGCACUGUAUGUAUCUGUGAAUAUACCUCAUCAAUGGCAGAGGAAUCUUGUGGUCAGAUGGACGCAACCUCAGUCAACUUGCAAAGUCUCUUUGUCCGUCCUUGAAUGGAUGCUAACUUUCCAGAUGAAUGCAGCGGAAGCCAGCUGAGACAAAACAAGAGACAAAACCUGGAAAAAAAAUGCUAUUACCAGAGGAGGUGAUCUUUUUAAUCCCCUUCCACAGAAUGUGGGGGACAUCAUUUUUAUACCAGCAGGUAUAUGAAAAUGUGUUAUCUUCUCAAAAAUACCGGCAUUUAUCUGCCGAGUGACCAAAGCUGAAGUCUCUGCUAAGGAUUAGAAAUAAUAGUAAUAGUUUAAUCGCCUAUUUUGUGAGUAUGCUUUGCAAAGCAAAGCUCCCCACAAAUAAUAUUUGUAUUUUUUUUCUUCCAUCGUGCCACCUAGCCCACAAAUUUGCACUGAUUGACACAGUUCUAACUUUGAAACAAUCCAACAACUUACCUGGUGAAGGGUCUCGAUCCAUCCCCCGAUAUUAACAGCUGCGGGAAAAACUUGUUUUUUUUUUUUUUUUUUUUUUUUUUUUUUUUUGCAAAAAAGCCCCAAUUUCCAAUAGCAAAGACAUUGAAAUGUUCAUAUUUCAAUAUUGAUAUUGUCCUGAAUUUUCUUAUUCAAGUGACAUCAUUUUAACCCUCAAAACAUUCAGUAAAUCAACAUGCACAAAAAGUUGUACGGUUGUUCACAAAGACAUACAGUUCCAAUAAAAACUAUAGGUCGAGCGAUAUAUCGGGCUGAUAUAUGGACAUGUGUCAAGAUCUGCCAUCAGCCAAUAUAUAGCAGAUAUUAUACUCUAUUAUAUCGGCAGCCAAAAUAAGUUCCUCUAUUAAAUAGAGGAACUUAUUUUGGAUGCUAAAUUUACUCAUAACGGUCGACCGAGAUGUUGGCUAGCUACUAUAACGGCGUGAUAUACAGUGGUUUGAAAAAGUAUCUGAACCUUUUGAAAUUUCUCAAAAUUCUGCAUAAAAUCACCAUGAAAUGUGAUCUGAUCUUUGUCAAAAUCCCACAGAUGAAAAUACGGAGUCUGCUUUAACUAAAACCACCCAAACAUUUUUCAUAUUUAAAUGAGCAUAGCAUGCAAACAAUGACAGAAGGGGGAAAAAUAAGUAAGUGAACCCUCUGCCUAAGGAGACUAAAAGAGCAAUUGAAGCCAAUUUAUACCAAAUAUUUUAAGUCAGGUGUGUGCCCAAUCACUGGUGAGCGAUUUAAAGCUGCCCUUCCCACUAUAAAACACUCACCUAGUACGAAAUGUCUUGAUGAGAAGUAAUGUCUGAUGUGCACCAUGGUUCGGUCAAAAGAGCUGUCUAAAGACCUGCGAUCAAGGAUUGUUGAUUUGUAUAAGGAUACAAAACUAUCAAAGACUGGAUGGUCAUCAAUUGACACUCUUAGAAGUUGUCUACAAAUGGAGAGAGUUUGGAACUGUUGCUUCUCUCACAAGGAGUGGCCGUCCACUAAAGAUGAUGCCAGGAGUUUAGCACAAAAUACCCAGAGAGGUUAAAAAGAACCCUAGAGUGUCUACUAAAGACUUACAGAAAUCACUGGCAUGGUCCAAUAUCUCUGUGCACACAUCAACUAUAUGUAGAACUAUGGGCAAGAAUGGUGUUCAUGGGAAGACUCCACGAAGGAAGCCGCUGCUGUGUAAAAAAACAUUGUUGCUCGUUUAAUGUUUGAAAAAAGGCACUUGACCACGCCACAGAAGUUAGGGUAAAAUAUUUUGUGGACUGAACAUCGCCCUAAAAUAUAAGUUCACAAAAUUGGCUUCAUACAUCGGCAAUCGGCUUUUUUUUUCUUUUUUUUUUUUUUUAUCGGUCUCGGCGUCGGCCGUUGAAAAUCCAAUAUCGGUCGACCUCUGCUAAAAAACGAAAAGUACCCCAUUUAUUUUCAUCUGCCCCAUUCAUUUUCAUUGGGGUAAAAUGGCUUGAUAUCAAUGAGAAUUAAGUCACAUAUUGUAAAAUUAUAGGAUUAAAAUCAUAAUAUUACAAGAAUAAAGUCGUUCUGUUGCUCAUUUGAAAUGUUUCACCGGCUGAGAUUUUUACUACGGUAAGGUUUUUAUCAAAACAAAACUACUUUUGGCGUAAUUUUAGGAGAUUGAAGUAAUAAUAUAAGAAAAAAAGGAGUGAAUUUGAAAUUUGAAUUGCACUUUCAUUUCACAGGGGCAAAAAAUGCAUAUAGAAAUAAAAUAACUGAGCUUAGCCUCAAAACAACAAAAGAACAACUGGCUGACUUGCAAAGCAAAAUUCCGCUAGCUUAUAUGCUAUAACAUGCUAAUGUGUUUUUUUAUUUAUUCAAACAAUGCUCUCAAAAAAACGUUCAAACACAUAUUCCCCCCAAAAACCGCUAAACAUACUUCCAAAACUAAGUAACGAAAGCAUAAAUAAACAUAUUAACGCAAACAAAAACAUACCUUAUGUUGGUCUUAACACGGAGCAGAUGGAUGCAGCCACGUUAGACCAGUUAUGGCAUAUUCACUGUUGGAACUCGAGGGCAGUGUAUCCACCCAAAUCUAUGUCUAAAUUCUCAACUUUUUUUGCCUAUGCUGCAUUUCAACGUUCGACAGCAUCAGCUCAAUUGGCCAUGUUCAGUUUGGAAAAUGCAAAGCAGAAAAUGACCGAUUUCCUCUGGUAAUUGCGACAACGUGCAUUAGUCGGAGACAAAGAGAUGAACUGGAUGUGAACGUUGACAAAGGACGUCUCCAUCUGCCCUGUGAAGCCUCUUAACGCACCAUCAUUGACUUUAGUCAGACAGAAGCAGGAGAAAAGCUGCUCAUCCUCAUCACCUCAUCAACCUUACUUUGUAUAGUUCAGCUAUGUGUAGUGAUGUCCAUAAUGCCAGAAAAAUAGAAAAAAGAAGGGGAAAAAACUGGUUAUAGAAUGAUUCUGUAUGUAAAUUAAACAGUUUUAAGAGGAAAACGUAAUGGCAGGCAGUUACUCAGCUAAGUGCACUUCAUAACUGCUAAUAUCACCAGCCUGCUUUAAAAGGGAAAAUCGCAAUACUGUCCAAGCAAUUGCAGUGUUCAGUAGUGUACUUGGUGUUGUUCAUCUUUCACUACUUAACUUCCUUUAUAAUCUUUUUGGAGUACUAAUACUUAAUUUCAGUUCUUUGUGGCGCGGAAGCUUUUAAAUGAUGGUUUGUAUGAUGUCUCUGACAGAUACUGUAGAUGGCAGAACAUGCUUUUUUGCUUGAGCUCUUAAAUCUUUUGUUUUUUUUGUAAAUAAUGUGAUUUUUAUGUCAAUUGAUGUUCUUUUCACACUGUUAAUUGUUUCAUGUGUUCAAUGUGCAUUCUUAAUACUGUGCAAUGUGAGUACAUAUUUAACUAUUGAUAUUUAGUCUGUUAAAUGUACAUUGUUUAAAUGUGUCCUAUUAUUUUUGUGUAACACUUUGUGAAUUGUGACAAUAAAUUUAAUAAUUAUAAUAAAAUGGUUGAUGUUUGUUCACGUCACAGUCAAUGUUCCCUCCCAUUUCAUGUGUCUAAGCAGACACACAAGCUCCCUGAGGACAUUGCGGACAGCGGUGAGCAACAUCAGAUGUGUACACUGUGGCCACACACCAGUAUUAUGCCUGUUCAAAACCUUGGAUCAUAGCAAGUUACAUGGGCUAUUAAAGGAAUGAAAUUACAGCAAAAAUACCCAGUUUAUUUUUAAUAUAAUUAGUGCUGUCAGAUUUAUCGCGUUAACGGGCGGUAAUUAAUUUUUUUAAUGAAUCACGUUAAAAUAUUUGACGCAUUUAACGCAUGCGCGGAAUGACCCGCUCAUGCAUUGGCUUAAACAGAUUACAAUGACGCCGUUUUUUGCACAUUGAAAGCUAAGAGGCAGAGAUGAAAGACGUUCAUUUGACCACGCCGUUUAUUGGCAUAAGCUUUGGCAACUCCUUCACAACAAACAUAAGUAUCAUUUAGUGAAAGCACAACAAAAAUAAUAUAUCUCUUAAAAAAAUUUUUUUUGGAAUAAUGAAUAUUCCCAAUCAAAAUAGCUAUGCAAAAUACACAUAAAACUUACUCAGACUUUGGUCAAACUCGAUUCAAAGAUUUUGUUCAGCUCAACAAAUACACUGGAUGGCAAUAUUUAGUCACAAUAUACAAACUAUCAGCGGUCUCGUACUUUAUGAAGCCAGCACUCAAAUGAGCGUGAAGUGCAAUAGAAACGGAACUACGGCGUCAGUCGAGGAACAAAACGCACUCAUUGGCUUGAUUUCUAAGUAAUUAAAAACUCGCCAUUGACACCUUGUGGUAUAUUUCAAUCACUAUUCUACGUAGUUAAAGACACUGUGGAAAAACGGCAGGGAUUUUUUGAUUGAAAAUUUUCCAGAUUUUAUUAAAACGAAAACAUUAAGAGGGGUUUUAAUUAGGGCUGUCAAAAUUAUCGCGUUAAAGGGCGGUAAUUAAUUUUUAAAAUUAAUCACGUUAAAAUAUUUGACGCAAUUAACGCACAUGCCCCGCUCAAACAGACUAAAAUGACAGUACAGUGUAAUGUCCGCUUGUCACUUGUUUUUGGUGUUUGGCGCCCUCUGCUGGCGUUUGGCUCCAACUGAUUUUAUGGGUUAGUACCAUGAGUGAGCAUGGUGUAAUUAUUGACAUCAACAAUGGCGAGAUGUUAUGCCAUCUUGUUGAUUUAUUGUUAUAAUAAACAAAUAUAGUUUCAGCGCUAUACAAGUAUAACACCAUUUACCAUCGUACUUAUGUACCAUAUGUUGA